AUGGAUUCUCUCCCAGAAGCAGUAUGGUGUCUGAAAAAGCUACAUGUGGUGGAACAUCAUUAUGUCACAGUUUUACCACCAACUCUGAAUGUGAAGAAAAUCCACAAGGUCAAUUUGUGUGACACCACCAUCAUCUACUCCUCCCUUGGCCCUAUCAAAUCAGUUGGUUAUGAUUUUGUGGUGAAAGCAAACGAUGGAUACAUUUUCAAGGCAUUGACUAUUGUUUUUCUAACUUUCAUCAUCAACUCGUCAACAUCUGAGUAUUGGUUUGACAAACACUUCAAUCGCUUUAAACUGUAUAAUGCUCAUGUUGAAACCUUCAGAAAGAAAUAUAUCACUGGCUAA